AUGAAAGUGGAAGCAAUUAGCAUUAAUCCAAUCGAUUGGAAGAUUCAUAAGGGUCUUCUCCGCCCCUUGUUUUUCCCUGGGAAGUUUCCCCACACACCUUGCACUGAUGUUGCCGAAGAGGUUGUUCAGAUCGGAUCCCAAGUUAAAGAUUUCAAAGUUGGAGACAAAGUCCUUGCUAAACUCACUUAUCGAUUUGCUGUGGGUAGUGAGAGCUUAACAGCUAGCAGACCAUCUGAAGUCUCAGCGGCAAAAGCUGCAGCAUUGCCUAUCGCAGGACUCACGGCUUCGUGA